GGGUCCUGCAAUCCGUCACACAGAAGAAGAAGGAGCUAUCCUCCUAUCCUGUGCUGAAGAAUGGCGGCGGCCGUGUGUCGAGUUGGGAGCACUGUGGGCCGAAUCCUUGCGCAGAGUCGCAGCCCCAUUCUGCUGUCUCUGAGGCGUGGACAGGCCUCUGUCAGCUUUGCCCAGAGCCUAGCAGGAAUCCCUGAAACCCAGCUCACCACUCUUGAUAAUGGCUUUAGGGUGGCAUCGGAGGACACUGGACAUGCUACAUGCACUGUUGGCGUGUGGAUCAGUGUGGGGAGUCGCCAUGAAACUGAGAAAAACAAUGGAACAGGCUUCUUUUUGGAGCACAUGGCUUUCAAGGGAACCAAGAAGUACCCACGAGCAGCCCUGGAACAGCAGGUGGAGUCUAUGGGUGCACACCUGAGUGCUUACACGUCUCGAGAGCAUAGUGCAUUCUACAUGAAAAUGCUUGCCAAAGACCUGCCUAAAGCUGUGGAGCUGCUGUCAGAGGUGGUGCAGGAUAUGUCUCUGAGCGAGGCAGAGAUCGAACAGCAGAGGAGUGUAAUAUUGCAUGAACUGGAAGAAUCUGAGAGUAACUUGCAGGAAGUCUGCAUGGACCUGCUGCAUACCACAGCAUAUCAAGGCACCUCCCUGGCACAUAGUGUUUCCGGACCAUCCAGCAAUGCCAGGACUCUUACCCGUGAGAACCUGGUUGAAUACAUCAACCUCCACUACAAGGCUCCACGCAUGGUACUGGCUGCUGCUGGAGGUGUAAAUCAUGAUGAACUGGUCAAUUUGGCCAAAACUCACUUCAGCCGAUUGUCUCAUGAGUAUGAGGGCGAUGCCAUCCCCGUGUUGCCACCCUGCCGAUUUACUGGCAGUGAGAUCAGAGUGCGUGAUGAUAAUCUUCCUCUGCCACACAUUGCCAUUGCUAUAGAGGGUCCUGGUGUUUCUAGCCCUGACCUUGUACCUCUCAUGGUGGCUAACGCCAUCGUUGGCAGUUUUGACCUGACAUAUGGUGGCGGAAAGCAUUUGAGCAGUCGUCUUGCACGCAUGGCAGCGGUGGGGGGUGUGUGUCUCAGCUUCCAGACUUUCUACUCCUCCUACAGCGACACUGGCCUGUUGGGCAAUUACUUUGUCCCUAAGAAACACAAUAUCGAGGAUGUGAUGUUCUGGGUGCAGAAUGCCUGGAUGAACUUGUCCACCACAGUAACGGACACUGAUUUAGCCAGAGCAAAGAAUUUCCUGAAAGCCAGCGUGGUGGGACAGCUCAAUGGAACAACACCAAUUUGUGACGAAAUCGGCAGAAACAUCCUGAACUACGGCCGACGUAUUCCUCCGUCCGAGUGGGUGGCUCGAAUUGAUGCUGUGACCCCUCAGAUGGUGUGUGACAUUAGCUCCAAGUAUAUGUACGAUAGGUGCCCAGCUGUGGUGGGCAUCGGCCCCAUUGAGCAGCUUCCUGACUACUCCAGAGUCCGCAGUUCCAUGUACUGGCUGAGGUUUUAAGAUGUGCUACCCCCUGCCCCCCAUCUCUCUCUUCAGCCUUUCUUUCCCUCUUUCUUCACUGCAAGGCUGAAGAGCUGAGGAUUGUCCACCUGUCCUUUCCUCCUUGUCUGUCCUCCACACCCUGCCCUCUGGGACACUGUCUGCAGGCUCAGGUGAGAGAGAAGGCUUUGAACAUCAGCCAGUCUCCUAGCACAUCAGUACUCUACACAGGAGCAAGAGUAUUUAUAAUUUCUGUGAGGUUUCUGUUCACUAUACAUAACUUCAUUCUGAUGAAUAAAACU